CGGCAUGUGCCCCAGAGCUGGCUUUGUACACACGGCCGCUUCCCCGGCCCUUUAACAAUGAGCGGCGAGAGCGGCUUGUCUUGGGGCUGAAGCCGAGCCUGGGGCCCGGGGACGCCCGCGCAUGAUGAGCCGGGCCCUGGCCCGAGCACUGAGCGCCCGGAUUCUGGACUGAAGCUGUUGGAUCUGGCUAAGCUUCCCAUCCCAUCCCAUGGAGCUGGAGGGGCAGUGGUGGAAAGGACAGCUGGCUGCUGAUAUCCAUCAAGCGCUAAGAUACAAGGAGCUGAAGUUGCCCACCUAUAAAGGCCAGUCUCCUCAGCUAAAUCUCAGGCGGUAUUUUGCAGACCUGAUUGCUAUUGUGAGCAAUCGAUUCACUCUUUGCCCCGCAGCACGACAUCUCGCUGUCUAUUUGCUCGACCUCUUUAUGGAUAGAUAUGACAUCUCCAUCCAGCAGCUGCAUUUAGUUGCACUUUCCUGUUUGCUUUUAGCAAGUAAAUUUGAAGAAAAGGAAGAUAGUGUGCCCAAACUAGAGCAGCUGAACAGCCUUGGCUGUAUGACUAACAUGAAUCUAGUAUUAACGAAACAAAAUCUACUACACAUGGAGCUAUUGCUGUUAGAAACGUUUCAGUGGAACCUCUGCCUUCCAACAGCUGCCCAUUUUAUUGAGUAUUAUCUUUCUGAAGCAGUCCAUGAAACAGAUCUGCAUGAUGGCUGGCCAAUGGUUUGUCUGGAAAAAACUAAGCUGUACAUGGCGAAGUAUGCUGAUUAUUUUUUAGAAGUGUCACUGCAAGAUUAUGCCUUUCUAAAUUAUGCACCUUCCCUAGUAGCCGCUGCUUGUGUGGCUUCUUCAAGAAUUAUUCUUCGUCUUUCCCCAACAUGGCCUACUAGACUGCAUCGCCUAACUGCCUACUCUUGGGAUUUCCUGGUGCAGUGCAUUGAACGAUUAUUGAUUGCCCAUGAUAAUGAUGUGAAGGAAGCAAACAAGCAGAAAGGACAACCUGGUCCCCAACAAGGUCACCUGAGUGUGUUUCAUCCUACAUCCCAAACUACACGACCAGUCCACAUUCAGCAGCCUCAGUAUCUCCAUCAAGCACAUCAGACCUCACUGCAGUAUCGUCAUCCAGUGACAGAGCAACAAAACUGUCCACAGAUAGUAUCUACCAGCACUCACACCUCAACCUACACAUUACAGACUUGUCCUACUGGCUUACAGACCAGCGUUCAGGGCCUUGGGCACAUGCAGACUGGUGUUGGUAUGUCCCUGGCAAUACCAGUAGAGGUUAAGCCUUGUCUUAGUGUUUCUUACAACAGGAGUUAUCAAAUAAAUGAACAUUAUCCUUGCAUCACUCCAUGCUUUGAGAGGUGAUGAUUUGUCAAAGUAAGCAUUGAUCGGGACUUUGUUCUCACAUAAGUUCUAAGAAUAUAAAUUAAAGAGAAAGUGCUCUAUUCAGAAGGAAAGCAGAGAUUGAAUGCUAACAAGAUUUCAAACACUGAGCCCACUAAAAUUGAAUUGAAAAUAUCCUUUUCAUUGCAUCAUGUACACAUGGGAAAACUGAACUAAUAAUUACGUACGAGUCAAAUCUGUUGCAUGUUAUUUCCACAAGAAUCUCUGUAUAGCAAAAACUUCCAAACCCCAGGUGAAGGUCCAAUUAUUUCAAGCAUUAUUCAUUACCAAAAAGAAAGAAAAAUAAUUUGGACAGUUCCUACUUCAUUGUAAUGGGGUUUGUCUUAUGAUAAACUUUAUGCUGACAUUUAUCUCAAGGAAAACCACUUUUCUGUGGACUUGCCAAACAGUUUUUGUAUGAAGGAAAUUUGCAGUAUUACUUUUUGAAGAGGUCAUUUUUGUAUAUUGUGAUAUUUCUGAAUAAUAUACUUGAUUUAUAGAUUAAUUUUGACUACAUUCAAAUUCAUUGAGUGCUGUGCUACAGUAUCAGUCUGUGCUGUAGAAUAAUACUAAAUUCAUUAGUAGAAAUUAUCCUACAUAACUUCCUCUUACAAAUAGUAUGUGUAUUUGGGUAUAAGGAUUAAGGGCAAAAUUUAUCUGUUUACAAAAUAAUGGUUUUUAAUAUACAUACAUAUUUGCCUGAAGUUUAGAUGAAAAUACAUAUGAACUCAGGGAAUUUGCACUACUCGGAAACACUUAACUGUAAUGCAGCCUGCUUUCGAGACAUUGAGAGUAUUGACAGCCAGGGGAAUUUAUAAAUAUUUAUAAAUUGUAAUUAGGCCAAAAUACUUCCACAUGCUUUCAAAUGAGAAUAUAGAAUCCUAGCACAGGUCAGAUAAAGUGGUUGUACCUGUGGUUCAUUUUUAUAUGUCUGUGUGUAGGUUUUGUAUUUCUUACUGCAAUCUGUGACUUAUCCCCAAUUUGAUAGUUCAGUUUUCUUUUCUUUUCUUUUUCUUUUUUUUUAAAGGUAGCAUGAUUAUAAAAUGCAGAGCCUAAAAAAAAAAAAAAGGUAUUUGUAAGGAAAGGUUCUCAGGUUGUGCCGGGAUGGCACUUUCUGUUUCACAAGAGACAGAGAUUUGUAACUAACUUUUGGGUCCAACAAAUAAAUGUUAUUUAAGGGCGCUUAUACAAAAUUGCUUUAAUGGCAGCUGGCAGGACAAGGACUGGCUUAUUCUCUGAAAUUCCACUGCCUUGUUAAUCAGUGGAUGCAGCAGUAAUCAUGACCACAAGAGCAAUUUAGGGGUUGAGGAGUGUUGGGGGUGGGGGGAGUAGUAAGUUAAAAGGGGAGAAAAUAAAUAUAUUACAAUAACUAUGCGGUUAGCUAUAUAUUAUGUUCUUUGUGGGAGAGAGGGAGGUGUGGUGAAGGGAGACUUCCUGGCUUAAAAUGAGUUAAGUUCAUUAAAGAAAUUUUUUUAAGUAGCACUUAAGUAGAAAGGAGUUCACAUGGCUGAUAUUUGACUGCCAUUUUAUAUGCUAAAGUCAGAUGUCAGUGUUAUUGCCAAGAUAUGGGUAUGCAGCAGGAGUCAAAGUAGUUGUGGUAUUAUUCUUAGUAGAGAAGGGACUCGGCAUAGGAAGGGAAACUUUCCCAGGAAAACUCCAAUACUUGAUGCAGGUGGUAGUUCCACAUAUGUGAAUUACAGUGUUUAUGAGACAAUUUCCUUUUUUUCCUUAAAAAAAAAUGCUUUAUUGGAUGCUUUAGUCAUCCAAUAGUACUUAAGUUUGGUAGGGGUAGGGAUUAACACCAAGGGAAGACUUUUAAAAAACUCGAUGUGGAAGUCUUGCUUUCUUAAAGUGCCAUUUUAAAAAUUAACUUCCCCCAGAACAUCGCUUAUCUGUAUUCCCUUAUUUGUAAGUUUCUUGCCUUGAGAAAACUUGAAUUACCUGGGGGAAGUUGACGCAAAAGGAAGCUUUCUGUCAUAUUCACAUUUCACAGUACUGCAACUUUGAGUCAAGCUUUCAGUAUUUUAACUACCUCGAUACGUGAUGAAUGUAAAGUAUUGGGAUUGAGAUCCCAACUUGAAACAACAGCUGGUGCCUAUGGUAACUUAAUGUCUCAUCAAAUGCUUUUAUUGGUUUAAAUGUCAUUCUUGGUGCAGAAGAGUAAUUUUUAAAAAAGAAAAUUAAGUAAUUUCCAGUCUGUGUUCAGACAGCCAAUUAACAAUGGAUUGAUUUUAGGGAAAGGAUUAAAUAAUUGGUAAUUAUUGCUGCAUACCCCUUUUUAUUUGGCCAUUUUAAAGCUUCCAGUUUCAGUUGAAAAGCAAUUCAUUAUUGCUGUCUGUGGUUUUGUUGUUUUGUUUUUGUUUAACUUAUUGCUUAGUCUGAGUUUCUCUGAGUACAAGACCAUCAAAAAUAUGUACUGUGAACAGAUUAAUUUUAUAUAAGAGGGCUUUACCAAAGGCCAGUGAAUACACUACUAAAGGUCAGACUGCAAACCAAAAUGUAUGUGUUAUGGCAUUAAUUCCAAAUAGUGCUUAUAAUGCAAAAGUCCACAACAAUGGAAUCUAGAUGAGUGCUAUGCACUUAGAAUUUUAAAAUAAAACUAGUUUUGAGUACUAUGGCUUUGGUAUUCGUUUAAAUAUGAA